CUGGGCCUGCGCCUGGGCCGCGGGCGGGCGGCGGCGGACCGCUGCGUGCUCGCCUGGCUCUGCUACGACGCCCUGGUGCACUUCGCCCUGGAAGGCCCUUUUGUCUACUUGUCUUUUGUAGGAAACAUUGCAGAUUCCGAAGGCUUGAUUGCUUCAUUGUGGAAAGAAUAUGGCAAAGCUGAUGCAAGAUGGCUUUAUUUUGACCCAACCAUUGUGUCUUUGGAAAUCCUGACUGUUGUCUUGGAUGGGUCUCUGGCAUUGGUCCUCAUUUAUGCCAUAGUUAGAGAGAAAUAUUACCGGCAUUUCAUACAGAUUACCCUGUGUGUGUGUGAGUUGUAUGGAGGGUGGAUGACCUUCUUCCCGGACUGGCUUAUGGGAAGCCCCAACCUCAACACCGACAGUUGGCUCUACUUUUGGAUCUAUCUGGUAUUUUUCAAUAGUGUGUGGGUUCUGAUCCCAGGACUGUUGCUGCGUCAGUCGUGGGUAGAACUCAAGAAAAUGUAUUGCAAAGGAACCAGUUCAGGGAAAAAGUUUCAGUGAAUUUUCAAAAUCACAAACAUUGAUAUCUUGCUUUAUAAGCCAGAAUGGAUCAGACCUUUUUGUUUGGCCAAAAUGUAAUGCAUUCCAGCAGUGUAAUGUAAUACAUUCCUUUUAUGAUGUUGUUCCUUGACAGCCUAUUUCAAAUUGAUUGCAAGGUGGCAAAUCUUUGUUAUUGUUUUAUUUUUCAAUUAAAUGACAAUAUGGGGGAACAGAGAGUGAAUUUUAACUUGUAAUAAUAACCUGUUUAAUUAUAUGUUUUUAUGGCUCGCAUUAAUUGUUCCACAUUAAUAAAGCCAAUUAUCAUAAAAUGCUA